GCAUCGAGCCAGCUCAUUUUUGCCAGUCACUGCAUACGCAGACCUUAUCUCUUUAUAUAGUUUGAAUUCUUUCUGUCAGUUGAAGCUUCUCGGAAUACUCUCCGAUCAGUCAUGGCGGUCUUAACUUCUGUCGACUUGCCUUUCCCGCCUGCUCUCGUUUUUCUCGGCGUGGCAGUCGUUGCUCUGGCUUGUCGAAUUGUCUAUAAUAUCUAUUUUCAUCCCCUGUCCAAGUUUCCUGGCCCGUGGUACGCAACCUCAACCUCAUUGACGUCGGCUCUGAUUUCGGUGGCGAAGGUCGAGCCCCAGUGGUUGCUGUCUUUGGUUAACAAAUAUGGGACGCACACACCGAUCCGCGUGGCACCACAGAUGUUGUUAAUGCCAAUGCAUGGGGCUUUGGAGGACAUUUACUGGGAUAAGCAUCUCAACCGAAAAGCCAAUUUCUACGGAUCGGGCGCAUUGGGCCCUCCGCAACUCUUCUCCACUUUGGACGGUGAAGAGCACCGAAGACUAAGGGCUGCAUUUGGUGGGCAGCAGUGGACGAUUGGAUCUUUGAAAAAUCAUUCCGAGCCCCUCAUCGAUGAUCUGGUUAAGCUGUUCACAAAGCAAAUGACAGAGUUGGCAACGACUAAGAAGGAAGUGCAACUGGGCGAGUGGCUUGCCUGGUUUGCCGCGGACGUCAUGUCCCGCUUAGCUUUCGGGGAAGCCUUUGGAUUCGUCGAGAGCAGCGGUGAUCAUCUCAAGUUGCUCGAUAGCUGGCGCCAGGGCUUAAGAUUCUUCGGCCUUGCUUCUCGCUGGACAUUUCUGAACCAGUUCGUCUUGAAGCUGCCGUUUGUUAGUAGCCUGUUGCUGCCAAAGUCUGAUGACAAGGGGGGCAUGGGCUGGUUGAUGCAUCAAGCCACUGUCAAGGUGAAUCAGCGCGAACUUGAGGUUGAACGCGGUACCUUUGAAGGCGAGCAAGAUCUUCUACAACAUUGCCUAGAAGCCCGUAUGAAGGGCGGCGAACCAGUUCCCAAAAACCAGAAAAUCGCACAUGUCACGCUUCUCAUUCAAGCUGGCGUCGACACCACAGGCACCGGUCUCGGCAACACGAUGCGGUACCUCCUGACCAACCCCACGGCGCUACGCCGCGCACAGCAGGAAAUCGCCGCCGCCGACGCGGCCGGCAAGCUUUCCACGCCGAUCAAGUACGAAGAAACUCUCGAGCACCUGCCAUACUUCGGUGCUUGCAUCAAGGAAGCACUACGCCUGUCGCCGCCAGUGACAAACUUGUUCGCACGCGUCGUACCGCCAGAGGGCAAGGUUGUGCAGGGACACUACAUCCCUCCAGGCACCGAUGUCACGAGCUACGCGAUGGUUGUACAGCGCGACCCGGAAAUGUAUGAGAGACCACUAAUGUACGACCCGGAGCGGUGGUUGGUAAGCAAAGAGAAAACGCGGCGGAUGGAAGCGGCGAGCUUUGUAUUUGGUACCGGGCCACGGAUCUGUUUGGGAAAGGAGAUCGCACUGAUGGAAAUGCAUAAGGUGUUGCCGGAGAUUAUCCGUCGCUUCGAUUUCGAGCUACUGGAUGAGGGCAAGUUCACAGUGACAGGUGGCACCGGCUGGAACGAGGGUUUCAACGCGCGGCUGAGUCUUAAAAGCUUAGGGGACAUGGACAAGGGCGCCGGGUAGAGGAAAUCUAGCUGGCUAGCUGGCUAGCUGGUUGAAUAAGUCAAGCAGAGACCGCAGAGCAGGUCUCGAGAAUGAAAUAACGGUCGCCUAUCCAGUUAGUUCUGUGCGAUCAAAUUCCCAACUAUUUUCUCU